GCCAAUGCAGCAGUACGGCGCUUUGAGCUUGACAUUACAGCGGACUUUGCAAAUCCAGACUGUCACCAGGCACCAUAUCCAGCCCUUCGCGUCAACGGCCAAUUCCCCGCACCUACGCUUCGCGUUGUCAAGGGUGACGAUGUAGAGGUUGUUGUGCACAACUCUGCUUAUGCCUUGAAUGUUUCCACAACAGUCCAUUUCCACGGAAUUCGGCAGUACGGCACCGUCGAGUCGGAUGGCGUGCCAGAUGUCACACAAGCUGCUAUUCCACCAGGCCAGUCGUUCACACAUCGAUUUCGAGUAAUCGACCAGAUUGGCACUUACUUUUAUCACGCGCAUCAAGGAAUGCAAGACGAUACGGUGCAAGGAGCCUUGAUUGUACACGACGACGAACGUUCAAUGCCACCAGAAGAUCAUGCAGAUUGUGGGCUCGUCGAGGGACCUUACCUAUAUUACGGUGAACGAACUUUGCAGCUAAGCGAAUGGUGGCAUCAAUCCUUUGUUGACCGUGAAGAAUACUACAUGAGCAAGCACUUUAUCUAUGACAAGGGAGCUGACAGUAUCUUGCUGAACGGACGUACUGUGCACCAAGAUAACCAUAAUAGCUCGUUAGAGAUGAGCACAAAGAACGUUUGCCCUGGCUACUCAGCUAUUAACGUCGAGCCCAACCAAACGUACCGUUUGCGUAUCAUUGGUGCACACACAUUCCGCACGUUGGGUGUAGCGAUUGAGCAGCAUAAUAUGACCGUAAUUGAAGCCGAUGGCGAGCUCACCAAGCCCUACGAAGUCGACUGGCUUGAGAUCGGACCUGGCCAGCGAUUUUCGGUUUUGAUCCACACUGGCGAUAUGAAAGCCGGCGACGAAAACGUAUUCCCUAUAGCCACAAGCUACCGCUGGCGCCAUCGACCUUCAGGAGGUCACACCGAAAACGGAUUUGCUUACUUGCGGUACACGAAUAACCUCAAGCAGGAAGAUGAAACUUUGUACAAGCCCGUCCUUCCUGGACGUAAUGGAAAAGAGCUUGCCGAAAGCAUGCAUUAUCCAUCAUACACACUUGCUGAUGGACUCCCUGUGUUCCCGAACGAAAACAUCUUGGACUGGUUCUGGCCUGAAAUUGCUCCCUUGGAUGACUCAACUGGCACCACCUUGUUGAAUGCUCAAGCGGACCGUGUGAUUAAACUGCGCUCAACGUCUGUUAAACGGCCCAACAACGAAACGCGAUACCUGAUGAAUGACCGUGCUCCUAUUUCUCGACAGCGACCUGUGCUCACCGAUGUCUUGGAAAGACAUAUACAUACAGACAUGGUUGACAAGGAAAAUGAUGGAUUUUCACUCGAUCUUCAUACGUUCCCGAUCAAAAUGGGCGAGGUUGUGGAUAUUGUAUUGCAAAACACAAAGGCCGGUCGGAACUGUCUUAUCCAUCCAUGGCAUACACAUGGUCACUCGCACUAUAUGAUUGCUUCAGGUCCUGGGGAGUAUGUACAUGAGACGCAUGCUGAUGUGCGGAACUACCCAACCCCAUUGUUCAGAGAUGUGUCCAUGGUGUAUCCCACAGAUACUGAAGAAAGUGGUGGCUGUGGCUGGUCCAAGAUUCGAAUUUAUGCUGACAAUCCGGGUGUUUGGGCAUUACACUGCCAUAUUACGAGCCACAUGAUGCAGGGAAAGUUUGCUGUUCUCGAA